UAGGGCCGGAAGUGGCGUGAGCUCGGCCUUUCCGCGUCCCUCGCGGUGGGCGUCGGGUCUGGGCGGCUCCGUCCGCUCUGCGGGUUCGCGGCCAAGAGCGUCUGAGCGGGUCGGCGGCCGCCACAAGCCCACUCCGGGAUCGGAAGAUGGUCGGCCGGAACAGCGCCAUCGCCGCCGGCGUCUGCGGGGCCCUUUUCAUCGGCUACUGCAUUUACUUCGACCGCAAGAGACGGAGUGACCCCAACUUCAAGAACCGACUGCGAGAACGAAGAAAGAAACAAAAGCUUGCUAAGGAGAGAGCUGGACUUUCUAAGUUACCUGACCUUAAAGAUGCUGAGGCUGUUCAAAAAUUCUUCCUUGAAGAAAUACAGCUUGGUGAAGAGUUACUAGCACAAGGUGAAUACGAGAAGGGUGUAGACCACCUGACCAAUGCCAUUGCUGUGUGUGGGCAGCCACAGCAGUUGCUGCAAGUGCUACAGCAAACUCUUCCACCACCAGUGUUCCAGAUGCUUCUGACUAAGCUUCCAACAAUUAGUCAGAGAAUUGUCAGUGCUCAGAGCUUGGCUGAAGAUGAUGUGGAAUGAGAAGCAAAUGUCAACUUAAUAAUCUCAAUUAAAAAAUGUUUUAAACUUUUAACUCGGAAGAUGAACAGCUCUGGGGGAAUAAGGGCAGAUAUGCUUGUUGUGGACUGUCAUACACUGAAAUCUACCAAAGUCCAGUUUUACUUUGUGUAGAUCCAUUUGUCUUAUUUAUUUUUCCCAGUGAAAAGUGUAUUUUGAUAGAGAGCUUUUCAUUUUAUAAAUACACUAUGAGUUACUGAAAUACCAUUGAUUUUUGUUUAUUCCUAAAAUGCGUGAUUAAGGUGAGCAUACAGUCUCACAUAAUUUGCAUUAAAAAUAAUCUGUGUUCAUCAAAUUUUGAAAAAUAGGAAAGCAUAGGAGAGGAAAAAGCUGAAGAAUGCGCAUUUUUCAAGCUAAAUACUUCCUGCUGUGUAUCCAAAAAUGAGUGGAAACUUGGUAGAUGUCAGAGCUCAGCAGUGAAAUCUGUGAGGCCAAUUUUUACAUCCGAUAUCUGAAAUAAUGUGAGGUGCGCUGCUAUGCUGCUCAUAACUCCCAUCCUGUGUUUUUCUUAAAUCAGUGGAUUUAAAGGUGUUCUGGGUUUUAGAAGAAUAUGUGUAGUUAUAGGUAGCACUGUAAUUAGAUUUAUGUACCUUUCUGAUCUAGCCAUUUGAACUUUGCUAGUGACUCUGUCCAGUUAACUUUUCUCGUUUAUAAAAUGAGACUGGUCUGCUGAUGCAGAGAAUUGUUUUUCUCAGCUUCUACUUCUAAUUUGCUAACUUGGUUCUGUCGGCAUCUUCAAAUCCAACUUUACCCUCGGGUGGGUAUACUUGGGCAAUUAGACCUUGCCAGGGGAGGGCCCAAACCCCAUGCCCAAAAAAGGCGCAGGUGACACUAAUUUUCACUGAAAUCAUAAGGUUCUUCACUUCUCUUGUAAAUUAAUUUUGUCUUUAAGUUAACUGGGAUGAUAAUGCUUGUAAUUUUUUUCUUUGCAUUUAUAUUCAGUGUGUCUCCUAAUCUUUUUCCUGUCUGGUUCGUUUAUCUUGUUGGUGGGAACAAGGUGUAAUCUUGGAGCUGAAUACUUGUAGAGAAUGGAGCUGAUAGGACCUCUGAUUUUCAAAAUGCCAUUCAGCGUCAGAUCUGAGAAUAAAGACCCUCAGUGU